AAUUUUUAUUUCAGGAGCUGCUUCCCGAAGCACAGGGCUCCCGCCGUCCCGGGUUCCCACUUCAAUCUCCCUCUCAGCCGUUUUUCGUACUUCUGUAUCUCAUCUCAACUCCAAUAUCAUUGUCCUUCGUGGGAACUCCGGCCAUAUUAACACUGUAACAAACAUGGCGGUUUGUUCAUCGACCAUCAAUAUCUCAAACGUCCACAACUUUUCAAACGCAUGCGCUUCCGCUGGGCAAUAUGCUUUCAAACUUCCACUUGAAAUCAAAAGUUGUGGUUGUUUGAAUAUCACAAACUUGGAUCAAAGGAGCCACAUGCCCUCGUCUCUUUCCAUUCAUUCACCUGACAGAAGACGUGUUUUAAGCAUUCGAUAUAUCGGAUCAGAAGCCGUGACGAAGACCACCACUGAGCUGGAUGAGUCCAAACGUGGUAAUGGCUCUGAACCCUUAAUUGAUCUGGAUGGUGGGGAUGGAGGUGGUGCUGGUGACGGUAAUGGGGGGAGUGGCGGCGGCGGCGGCGGUAAUGGGGACGAUGGGAGAGAUGAAGAUGAGGAAGAGUUUGGUCCGCUAUUGAAGUUUGUGGAGGUUAUGAAAGUCGCAGAAGCUCGGGGUGUGAAGCUGCCUUCGGAUAUGACGGAGGCAGCGAAGACGACAGGAAUACGGGAAAUGUUCCUUCUCCGUUACUUGGAUUUACAGGGUUCGGUUUGGCCUCUGGGUUUUUUGAUGAAGCAUUGUUCUAUGCUUCGAAACCGAAUGCUAGCUGAUCCUUCUUUUCUAUUUAAAGUUGGAACAGAGAUUGCUAUAGAUUCUUGUUGUGCAACAUUUGCGGAGGUUCAGAAAAGAGGCAAGGAUUUUUGGGCAGAAUUUGAGUUGUAUGCGGCCGAUCUACUGGUUGGUGUGGUUGUUGACAUUGCUUUAGUUGGCAUGUUAGCACCCUAUGCUCGACUUGGGCAGCCAUCAAUGUCGAGAGGUUUGCUUGGACGCAUUCAACAUGCUUGCGCUGCUCUUCCUAGCAGUGUUUUCGAAGCUGAAAGGCCAGGCUGUAAGUUCUCAGUGAUGCAACGCAUUGCAACAUACUUUUAUAAGGGUGCAUUGUAUGGAUCGGUUGGGUUUGGGUGUGGCCUAAUUGGUCAAGGAAUUGCAAAUAUGAUAAUGAAUGCCAAAAGGAGGAUUAAGAAAUCUGAAGAGGACAUACCAGUGCCUCCUCUUGUUGAAAGUGCUGCUCUAUGGGGUGUGUUUCUUGCCGUGUCAUCCAACACUAGAUAUCAAAUUGUGAAUGGACUGGAAGGCAUUGUUGAAGCUUCUCCUCUGGCAAAGAAGCUUCCACUCGUCGCCAUGGUUUUCACUGUAUGUGUGCGAUUUGGCAACAACAUAUACGGUGGUAUGCAGUUCGUCGACUGGGCCAAAUGGAGUGGGGUGCAAUAAGCAUACGCGCUUAUUUACUGCAAUUCUUGAGCCUAAUGGAGGAUAUCUAUGGGCUCUGCCUCUUCCUAAAGCUUCCUUUGAGUUGAGUUCCUUUUACCGGAGCCAAAGAUUGUUCCUCAAAUCUGCCAGCAAGGCUGCAUAAUGAUCAUUGCUUUGAGCACUGGUCAUCAUUGUUGUCAUUAUUAUUAUUAUUGUUAGUGUAGGACACUUGCCUACUCUAGUGGCAUUCUUUUUUUUCCCCUCUGCAAUAACAUUUCGUGUUAGCCAGCAAAUUGUAUCAGAUAUUAAAAGCAGAAAAUGAAGCUUAUGAAGCUCUUUGAAAUCUGC